CAUCGCUAAGAAAAGUGCAUUCGUGUCAAUAGUAAAACGCAAUAGUUCUAAUCGUUCAAUUUAUUUUGGAAAUUAAGUUGUUCUUUGCAGUUAAUAUACAAAAGCUUGACAUGGCUGAUGAACAACCAAAUUUAGUUGCUGGUCAUCCGCCUGCGUUGAAAGCCGGUGGCAUGCGUAUUGUUCAACACAAAGCGCCUACAUCUGAACGUCCAGCUAAGGAUGCUGAGGAUUGCACUGGUCUUACGCAACCGAUUAGUGUUAACUCGGGAUCGGUGAGUGGAGCACCCAUCAAGGGAAACACGGAUUUCACACCAGCAUCCGUGCAGGUAGCACACUUGCCCAAGCCACCUGUGGCCGUAGCCCAGAAACCGCAAAACCAUAUACAACAGCCACGCAAGUGAGCUGCGUUGUCGUUUAUAAAAUAUUGGUACUCAAUAAGUUGAAAACUUCUGACGAAGCUGCGACUUUAUUUUCCGUUUAGCCUUGUAUUUUAUAUUUUUGCUAUAUGUAUCUUUAUUAAGUCGAGUAACUUAAUUGUAAUAUUCAUUCCAAAUGCAUUUUUGCGAUAUGUCAACUUAAAUAAAGUACUUACAGCAAUUUUGUAAA